GUGCUGCAGCUGAGCCUUUUUGCUCUCCGUACAGGAAUGUGGCGACCGCAUUACGUCACUUGUCCUGCCAGCAAGCGAGAGAAGCAGCUCCGUCCACCAGGAAUUUGGUCUUUGUAUUUGUGCGCGGCUUUAAAGGGGUGAAUUAGUGAUUUUCCUGCUGAUGAAUUCAGAGCUGAGAGGAGGUCUGGGAUGUAAACGAGAGGCGGCUCAUGACAGCUCCGCUGCUGCACAAUGAGAAGCUUGUAGAAGGAGCACAAAUCUCGACGACGCUCUCGGUAGAGUCGAUGGAGGAACCAGAAAAUGAGUGUUACUGUGCGGGCUGCGGAGAAAAAAUUCAAGACUCAUUCCAGAUGAAGGUCCUCCAGGAUACCUGGCACAACGCCUGCUUUCAAUGCUCCGUCUGCUCUGACAACCUCACUAACUGGUACUAUGAGAAGGAUGGCAAGCUGUACUGUCAGAAACACUACUGGGAGAAGUUUGGGGAGCUCUGUCACGGCUGUUCGCUGCUCAUGACAGGACCUGCCAUGGUGGCUGGAGAACACAAGUACCACCCAGAGUGUUUUGUGUGUCUGAGCUGCAAGGUAGUCAUUGAGGACCGGGACACAUACGCCUUGGUCGAGAGGUCCAAACUCUAUUGUGGAAAGUGCUACAAGCAGGUAGUCCUCACCCCCAUGUUGGAGAAACGCUCACACGACUCAAUAUUAGACUCCCUGCCGCACACAGUGACGCUCAUCUCGAUGCCGUCGGCAGCUAACGGGAAGAGGGGUUUCUCUGUGUCCGUGCUGAGGGACGUGAACGGCUCAGCUAGCGUUCAAGUCAAAGAGGUCAGAGGGAUGCUUAUCAGUCCGGAGGUGCGAAGUGCUAUCCACGUUGGAGACAGAAUCCUGGAGAUCAAUGGGCUUCCUGUUGGGACGCUGAUGGAGAAGGAGGUGUACGAUCUGAUCCACCGCACCAGUCACACGCUGCAGCUACUGAUAGAGUACGACCCAGUGAGGCAGCGUCUAGAUCGGCUCCGUCUGGGCUCUCCUAGGAACGAGCUGGGCGUCCCGGCCACGUCCCGCAUGCGUCUGUCCUCGCCGUCCGACACAGUCCUCGAGAGGACAGACGAAGUGGAUGAUGGCAUGCUGAAAAGGAGAUCUUUGAAGCGCAGUAACAGCAUAUGCAAGUCCCCAAACUCCCUAAAAGAGACGCCGAUAAUCACGAGAGACAUCGGUCGCUCUGAGUCCCUGAGGUCCUCCAGCAGCUGCUCUCAUCGCAUUUUCCGACCCUGUGACCUUAUCCAUGGGGAAGUCCUAGGGAAGGGCUUUUUUGGACAGGCCAUUAAGGUGACUCACAAAGCCACUGGGGAGGUGAUGGUGAUGAAGGAGCUGAUCCGUUGUGAUGAGGAGACGCAGAAAACUUUUCUAAAAGAGGUCAAGGUAAUGAGAAGCCUCGACCAUCCACACGUACUGAAGUUCAUUGGUGUGCUGUACAAAGACAAGAGGCUGAAUCUGAUCACAGAGUUCAUUGAAGGAGGAACGCUGAAGGACUUCAUCAGAGACAUGGACGUGUUUCCUUGGCAACAAAGAGUCAGUUUUGCAAAGAGCAUCGCCUCUGGCAUGGCUUACCUUCAUUCAAUGAGCAUCAUCCACAGAGACCUCAACUCUCACAACUGCCUGGUUAAACUGGACAACACUGUAGUGGUUGCUGAUUUCGGUCUGUCCCGGCUCAUCGUAGAGGAGAAAGUUAAACCUCCUCCAGAGAAACCUUCAACCAAGAAGAGGGUGUUGAGGCGCAUUGACCGGAAGAAGCGUUAUACUGUUGUUGGGAACCCCUACUGGAUGGCUCCAGAAAUGCUAAAUGGUAAACGUUACGACGAAAAGGUGGAUAUUUUCUCAUUUGGAAUCGUUCUUUGUGAGAUUAUUGGAAAAGUGUACGCAGACCCUGAGUGCCUCCCCAGGACGCAGGACUUUGGCCUGAAUGUUGGCAAGUUUGUGGAGAAGUUUCUCCCUGAAGACUGUCCUCCAGGUUUCUUUCCCCUGGCUGUGGCCUGCUGUGACCUCACACCAGACAACCGUCCAUCUUUCCAGAAGUUGGAAGACUGGUUUGAUGCCCUCUCGCUUUACCUGGAACUGAGAAUCCCUCUGCCAGCUGAACUGGACGAACUCCAUCAGAAUCUGAGUCAGCUCUACUGGCCUAAGGAUCCGGUCCAGAGCUCAGAGGAGCCAGCCACUCCAACAGCAGCCUCUCCAGACUGCACCAGCAUGACGGACAAUGGCACCUAGGAUUUGUGCCUUUUUGAAAUGUGGCUCACUCAUUCACUCUCUGUGACGCCUCUUAACUACUGCACUAAUUCUGUGGUGGUGGUGUGGUGGGGGGACAAGGGGUAUAGAGGGAAACGGUGUUGAAACCGAGCCAAGUUAGAACUGGAUAACCUGAGAUAGCUGGACCGGUUGUCCUGUUUUUUGGAACAUAACUCUGAGUGCCAGUGAACUGCAGUGAAAAUGAAGAGACACAUUUCAAAUUCCUAA